AUGCAUCUCGAUAUCGUCCUGAUCGCUGCGUUCCUAGGACCUACGCUUUCGUUUCCGUAUUCCAUAGAAAGUGUUCGUGAGGGAGCAACCAACGAAGCGGAUGUCGUAGCGACUUUAAAACCCGAAGGCGAAACUACCGCAACGCUAGCUGAAACAUUGCAGCAAAUCGAAGCGCCUUUAGUAUCUGAAAGUGAAACCGGCACAACAUUACCUGAAACAGAGGAACUCUUCCCAUCUGAAGACGAAACUACCCAUACCCUACCUGAAACAUCGCUACAAACUGAAGGGUCUCUAUUGCCUGAAAACGAAACCACAACGACAUCAUCUGAAGAAUCUGCUCCCAAAAAAGCAAAAUUCUUCUGUGGUCCUUCUGUAUGUGUUCCUUGUGCACCCGUAUGUUCUGUAUAUGGCGGUAUAGGAUUCGGUGGGCCCUGGGCUCCGCCAUUUGGACCGUGGAUGGGACCAUGGCCUGGACCUUACUGGCCUGCCCCAAUUCCUCCAAUGCCUGUAGCUCCUCCACAGCCUGCACAACCUGCACAACCUGCACAGCCUGCACCUGCUAAUCCUGCACCUGGUCCAGGUAUACCAGAUAUACUUAAUCCACUCAAACCACUUGUACCAGAUGUGAUUAAGCCACUUGUACCAGCUCCACUUAAACCGUUAGUUGGAGCUGCCAAUAAUGCACCUCAACCCGGCCAACCAAGUGCACCUUCAGGAUCAGGAUUCGGUAUAGGUGGAGCCAUCGCACCAUUUGGACCCUUUGGACCAGGCGUAUGGAUCAAUUGGGAGAAGGGCAAAGGAGUGCAUUCCGGCAUCAUUUUGAUCGCUCUGUUUUUGGGACCUGCGCUUCCCUUACCGUUUUUUGAAAAAAUUUAUGAUGGAUCAACCAGCGAAGCCAGUGUUCGUCUUUCACAAGCUGAAGAAGAGAUUACCACGUCGUCAUCGCAAGAAAGUGAAGAACCUUCACUAACUGGAGACGAAGCCACCACGUCGCCAUCCAAAAGAACUUUGGACGAGGAAAUUACAACGAUAUCACCUGAUACAUCGCCGCAAAGUGAUGGGCUAUUGCAGUCCGAAAACGAAACAACCACGUCGCUACCCGAGGACCCUCUGCAAACUAAAGGACCUAAGGGUCCAAGAAAGGCAAAAUGUUUCCCUGCUGCAUGUUUCACAUGUAUGCCGGUGUGCGCUUAUGUACCCUGGGUACCUGCUGCACCUGUAGCACCUGUACCAAUGGCACCAAUGCCUGUAGCACCUUGGCCGGGAUUCGGAUUUCCUUGGAGCCCAAUGGUGCCUGUACCUAUGGUGCCCAAUAUACCUAUGGUGCCGAAUGUACCAAUGCCGAAUGUACCCAUGCCGAAGCCAGAUCAGCCGGCUCCAAAUCCAAACCAGCCAGCUCCAAAUCCAAACCAGCCGGCACCAGACCCUAACCAGCCGGCUCCAAACCCAAACCAGCCGGCACCAAACCCUAACCAGCCGGCACCAAACCCUAACCAGCCGGCUCCAAACCCAAACCAGCCGGUUCCAAACCCUAACCAGCCGGUUCCAAACCCUAACCAGCCGGCACCAAACCCUAACCAGCCGGCUCCAAAUGGCGACAAUAACAAACCCCUCCAACCUGGAGAUCUUGUGCCGAAGGUACCAGGACUGCCAAAUCUGCCAGAUCCGAGAGACGACAAUAACAAACCCCUCCAACCUGGAGAUCUUGCGCCAAAGAUACCAGGCCUGCCAAAUCUGCCAGAUCCGAAUGACGACAAUAACAAACCUGUCCAACCUGGACCUCUUGUGCCGAAUAUACCAGGAAUACCUGGACUUCCAAACCCAAAUCAACCAGUCCCGAAUGACGACAAUAACAAACCACUCCAACCUGGAGAUCUUGCGUCGAAGAUACCCGGCCUGCCAAAUCUACCAGAUCUGAUUGGUGACAAUAACAAACCAGUUCAACCUGGGGAUCUUGUGCCGAAUAUGCCGGGACUGCCAGAUCCAAAUCUGCCGCCUAUACCUGGACUUCAACAUUGA